ACUGGCAACAUUGAGACCAGAUUUGUGUGCGCCGGCAUCGCACGUGAACGUGUCGCUAAAUCUCAAUAAAUUAGUGAAAUCACCAUGUCGGACGAAUAUUUCUAUGGUGUCACAUUAUCGGCGUCACAUCAGUCCGAGACAUGGGAUCCGGAAGCGAAAGCCGAAUACCCACGCAGCAACAAGUUGCUCAUCCGCCAGGCAUUGCUUGGGCCAGACGCGAAACCAGAUGAACUCAAUGUUGUACAGGUGGAGACAAUGUCACUACAAGAUUCGAUCAAGAUUCCUGUGGCAGUUUUGAAGGCAGGUGAAACAAGACAUGCACGUCUUGACAUCGAAUUCCCAGAUGCACCUGUCACAUUCACACUUAUACAGGGUUCAGGACCAGUGCAUCUGAUAGGGCAGCAUUUACUUGGUGCGCUAGUGGAGGAAUUUGAAGACAUGGAGGAGAUGGAAGAAGAGAUGUUAGAUGAAGAGGAGGGUGAUGACUCUCAAUUUAAGGAUGAUGAAAAUAAAAGGAAAUCAUCAGCAGGAAAGCGCAAGACGAAUGAGGAUGAAGAUGAUGAGGAGGGAGAGCCCAAGGGCAAGAAAGCGAAAAUGUCGAACAACGCCAAAGGCAAAGCUCCAUCACCUAAGAAGAAUGCCAAGAAGUGAACCGCCUGCCGCCUGUCGCUCGGUCCGCGGGCCCGGACCGCGCUGAGCUCGGCCCUACUGCCCUAAGCCCACGCGGCCCGGGCUCCGGGCAGCCUUAGUUAUAACUACUUAGUGUGGUAAUUCAGUAUAGGUUAGCGUUGUAUCGAGUCGCAUGAAUGGGAGUGUGAACUGGUGGGUAUGUUUUCGUGAUAGUUUACCGAUCGAGGUAUUCGCAGACUUAUCCAAUCCUGUGCGUUUACUGAUGAUUGGAUGUGAUUUGUUCACUGAUUUUAUAUUAUUUUUUCUAAACAUUUUUUUUCCAUUCCUUACUGUGGUGUAUAGUGUUAUGGAUGUCAAAUUGAAUAUUAUAGUAAGUCUAAUUCACACGGAUGUAUUUUAAGUUGAAGACAUAAUUAAGCAUAAUCAGUGUAUUGUAAGACGCCGAUCGAGUGACCGCCGACUCGGAUUGAAUUCGCUAACGAUUUCUCAUUUCAGAAUGAUUAACUCAUAAUCUAUUAUAGUUUGUUUGUACAUAUACAUUUAAAAGCAUAAGAACGAUAACAAUAAAAUAAAACAUUUCUAAACAUU